GUCUUCUUUGGCAAUGUGGAUUCAUCUGGGAUAAAACACAAUAUUUUUAACCCUCCAAUUAUUGCUCGAUACAUCCGUUUGCACCCAACUCAUUAUAGCAUUCGCAGCACUCUUCGCAUGGAGUUGAUGGGCUGUGAUUUAAAUAGUUGCAGCAUGCCGUUGGGAAUGGAGAGUAAAGCAAUAUCAGAUGCACAGAUUACUGCUUCAUCCUACUUCACCAAUAUGUUUGCCACCUGGUCUCCUUCAAAAGCUCGACUUAACCUCCAAGGAAGGAGUAAUGCCUGGAGACCUCAGGUGAAUAAUCCAAAAGAGUGGCUGCAAGUGGACUUCCAGAAGACAAUGAAAGUCACAGGAAUAACUACUCAGGGAGUAAAAUCUCUACUUACCAGCAUGUAUGUGAAGGAGUUCCUCAUCUCCAGCAGUCAAGAUGGCCAUCACUGGACUCUCUUUUUUCAGAAUGGCAAAGUAAAGGUUUUUCAGGGAAAUCAAGACUCCUUCACACCUGUGGUGAACUCUCUAGACUCACCGUUACUGACUCGCUACCUUCGAAUUCAUCCCCAGAGUUGGGUGCACCAGAUUGCCCUGAGGAUAGAGGUUCUGGGCUGUGAGGCACAGGAGCUCUACUGAGAGUGGCCA